UGAAACAAUAAAUUAAAUUUAAAUUGCAAAUAAAAAAUAGUAACAGUUAAAAAGUGUUGUAUGUUUUUAAACAAAUUCCAAAAAAGUAACAAUUAUUAUAAAUAAAAAUAAAAAUUUAACAAAAUGUGCCAUAAUUCUGUAUUAGAAAACGAACAAAUCGAAAAGUGCAUAGAAAAUGGUAUGCCCACAAAAAUUAUAAAAACUAUUAAAUAUACCAUGCGGAAACGUGCUGCCAAUGAAGAGUUUAAACAAAAACAACAACAACAAGAAAAAGAAGAAAUUGAAACAUUAGAAAAAAUGCAACAAAAAAGUGAAAACAAUAAAACAGAACAAUUGCAAACAAGUGCAUCAAUUUCCAAAUGUCCUUUUGGUCAUGGCAAAUUUACAAAUGCCGCUAAUAACUUCUUCAGCACAAACCUUACCACACCACCACGUCCCACCUUAAACGACGAUGAAUUUAACUUUUCCAACAACAACAACAAUAACUUGUACGAAAGAUUUCCUCGUCAAAUUUCACAAACAGACAAUGGCAACAAUGUCAUCACAAAUUUAAGUGGACACUGCAAUGAAAAUGAUGCGAAUGUUGUUAACAGCAGUUCAUUGUUGUUGGCUACGGGUGAAAUAUACAAUGAAGACAUUUUGGCUAAAAGUACCCAGUUGACAAGAGAAUUUGCAUAUAAAAUGCAACAGGCGAUAAGAAGGUUACAAACCAGCAAAAUUUACACAUUGCUGACCAAAACAGCACAACCUGCUCAUCUUGUAGCCAUAGCUAUUGUUACAUUUGUUUUGCUAACUGUUUGGCCGGAACUUAUUGAUGGUAGCAAUAACGGCUCCACUGUUAGUCAACAACAAUAUUUGAAACAGCAGCAUCCGCAAAGCAUGUCAAUGUCAAAUCAUAGACAAGAGAUGCCUGCGAAAAGAAAUGAUAUGUUAGCAUUGAUUGCUUACUUAGGAGCCUUCUCUACGCAUUUUGGUGCUCAAAUAUGGAUGACAUUUGUGUCGGGGCUUUCAUUAUAUUUUUCAUUGCCUCGCCACAUGUUUGGCCAAUGUCAACAGAUUUUAUUUCCCAAAUAUUUCGCUAUGAAUGCAGCGCUCAGUAUUAUAAUGCUUAUACUUUAUGUGAAAUUUUUAGUCAACACAUGGUCAUUAGCGAAAUGUAUACAAUUGGGUUCAUUGGCUCUGACGGGCGCUAUUGAGCUAUUGGUGCGUUUGUAUUUGGCUCCGCCAUUGCUACGUUUAAUGCAUGAAAAAUACAAGAUUGAGGGUACAAUUGGUAGUGGCAAGGAGAUUGGCAGUUUAGUACAGGGUGACUUAGUUAAAUGUCCCCAUUAUCAGCGUAUACACAAGGCUUUUCGUCGUAUCCAUAUGACAGUGGCCAUUGGUAAUAUGAUUACCAUGGCGGCCAGUUGUUUACAAUUAUAUUAUAUUGCUGGACAAUUACAAAUAUCUAUAGUUUAUUAAUUUUGUUUUAUGUUUUUAAACAAAUUCUAUAAAGGCUUAAUAAUUAAAUAUUAAUUGAAAUUUAAUAAUAUUUCAUAAAAAUAUUUGUACCUUAAAAAUUAUUUUAAACUCAAAGAAAGAAAAAAAAUUCAAUCUACCACAAAAAUAUCAUAUACCAAAAAACAUUCUGCAUUUUUUAGCUUAGUAUUUUAUAUUUAAUUCUUUUUGUUUUUAAUUGUAAAAUUUUCAAAAUUAUAAGCUUUACACCAUCAUCAUUUAAAUGAAUUACAUUGUAAAUGCUAAAUAUAUUUUUGAAAAUUACAGUAAAAUGCAAAAAAAAAAACACAAACUAAAUUAUUAGCUGUAGUUAGUAAAAUUUAUAAAAAAUUUUUUAUACCACCCUUUUUUAAAA